UAAGUGAACUGUUAUGUUAAUUUUUUAAAAUUAUUUAUCAAAUAUAAUUGAACAAAGAUAUGUGAUAUUGGAAACUUAACACUAAAUUCUAUUUUUUUAAUUUUUGCACCAUGAGUAAAAGACCAAGAACAGAACCGCCUUACAAUGAAGAUGAUUUUUGGGGAGAUGAUUUGACUUGUGAUGAAGUGAAUACUAUAAAUAACAUUGAAACUCUUGCAUCACAAUCACAUUAUCCUAAUCCUAUGAAUGACACUAAUCAUUUUAAUAUUGAAGCACUUCAAGUAAAAAAUCAAAUAAAAGAUGGCGAGAUUAAAAACUUAAAAAUGAAAAUUAUGCAGCUGGAAGUACAAUUAAGCCAUAUGAAACAAGAAAAAGAUGAUAAAUAUAUUUCUAUGAAAAAAAUGAUCGAUUGUAAAGAUACAGAGCUAAAAUUUCAGAAACAAGAAUUAACUGCUCUACAAAAUAAAAUGAAAGAAAUGAACAUGAAUGUAAGCAAAAUUCUUCCUCAAAAAAACACUUCAUUUAGUUGUAUGAAAACUGGAAGUAACUCAAAAUUAUUACAUGACGCUUCAGAACAUAUCAAAAAGACAGCAUCAACUCAAACUUAUCUUAAAGAAUCAAGUGAUAUAAAUUCUUUUAAUGAAUUAGAGAACAAAAGAAACAAAGUAUACAAUAAACUUAAAAAACAUUUAUAUCCUGAUCUUUUUGGAUGUCAAAUGUUAAUUUCUGGUACAAAAAACUCAAGUUCUAUACAAGAAUGCCAUAUUAUACUUACCAAAUUGAUUGUUUUAGACAAUUAUAAUGAUAUCCAAGCAUUUAUAUUGAUUAAACAAUUAUUUCAAAAUUUAAAUGAAAUUAUUAUAUCAAAUAUCAACUCUUUGAAAAUGCCUCAAGAUAGUGCUGAUUUCAUAGAACGUGAGAAAGAUCUUAUCUAUAAUUAUCUUAACUAUAACCAAAAAACUUCAAAGAAAGUAUAUUCAUCGUUUGAUAUGCAUUUUUCUCGAUUAUUAGAUUGUAUAUCAGUUUUAACUACUAUCACAGAUAUUGUUCCAAAAGUAGUCUUUGAUGAUUCUGACAAUACAUUUAAAACUAUACUUAAUUUUUUACAAAUUAUUGGUGCUCAAAGUCGAACUUUUGAAUUUGUACUAUUACUUGAAGUUUUAGUAAAAUUUUUGGCCAAUUUAUGCAGUAUAAACUGGAAGAUACUAGAGUCUAAGCAACUAGAAAUGUUUAAUAUUACUAAAGAAAUUAUACUUUGUCGUCCUCCUCUAGAAGUCAUAAAACAGUUAAUAAACUUAUUCAGUAAGUCUACAUUGUAUCCUGGUUUCACAAAUAAUUUAUGUCAAUUAUCAACUGAAAAAACUUUUAUUUUAUCUGAAAGUAUGAGUACAUUUACAACAGGAACUUGUGUACUUCGUGUGUUUUGUUUGCAACUUGAAUUAUUAAAACACGAGUAUCAUAUUAUAAUUGAUUUCUUGCACUAUGUCCAUAUACUUCUUAAUAAUAAGUUUGUACCAAAGUGGAUGUAUAAAUGUCCAAGCAAAAUAUGUGAUUGUACAUCAUCAUUCAUUCAAUUAAUUAUACAUUUUUUGUAUAUUAUCUUCAAUGCAUAUGAAAAAAAAAAAGAAUUAUUUAAAUAUGAUGAACUAAAAUUAGUAGAAGAAGUUAUAGAAAACAGCUAUUGUAUUCUAUAUAGAUUGGGAAAAUUAGAUGAUGACUUUCGUAGUCAUAUUGGUAAAUGUAAAGGUCGUUAUGAUGUAAUCGUUGGAAAAAUCCAAAAAAUUGAACUUUGUAAUACUAACAAAUUUUUAGUGAAGGAAUUGAAACGAAUUGAAUUUAAAUCAUUACCUAACAGUCAGUGCAGUUCAAAUUUAAAUUUCGAAAUAUUUAAUAUUGAUAUACCAAAAUGUACACAAAACUCUCAAUGUCAGUUUGAUGAACCUAAUAAACAGAACAAUAAAGAAAAGUUUCCAUAAUAUGGACCAUGUAAAAAUUUUCACUCAUAUAAAUAACAACAUAUGUACAAUUCAUUUACAUAAGAAACUUGUUCCACUUUAUAUUGUAUAUAAAAGAAAAAAAUUCUCAAUGAGUUUCCUAAUCAUGGUCAUCAAGUUCUUCUUCAUCACUAAAGUAGGAAUUUUUUCGGUACUUUUUUUUGAUUUUCACUUCUGUGGAACUGGAUUGAACAAAAUAUUUUUCUUGCUAAAACAUAAAAAAUGCACUUAAAGUUUCCUGAUCCGAUAAAUCAUUAUGAUUACUGUUAGAAAAUUUUGAACAUGAUUUAGUUUUAUCAUAAAAAUCAGUAUCAUCAUCUGAACUUUGGCAAGAAAUUUGUCCCUAUUAUGAGUAAAACUGGAGGCUGUCGUUCACCUAAACAAUUUUCAGGACAAUUAUAACUUAGAUGGCCUUCCUGACCACAUUCAUAGCAAAAGCUCUUAUCAGUAUAUUGACGUUUUCGAAUAAAUUCUGUACUACGCCCAUUGUCAACAGCUAUAGAACUUUUUAAAUUACGUCCAAACAUCUGCAAUUUAAUUGAUUUACUUUUUUUUAUUCAAUUAUAUAAGUUAUUAACUUUUUUUAAAAAUGUACAUUUUUGUUGAAAAUUUUAAAACAAUUAUACAAUAUACCUGAGUGCCAUUAGUUGCAUGAACACAAUUUUUUGCAUCUUCGCGAUUUAAAAAUAAUAUAAAAGCAACACCUUUGCUUUGCCGUGUUAAUUUAUCUUUGACCACAGUUACUCUAAUACAUAAAAUUUAAUAUUAUAUUACGGCUUUAUCAAUAUUCCUUUCAUUUGAUAAAUUAUACUUUAGUUAUGGAUUCUCUAUCUAAUUAUUAUUAUUCAUUAUUAAUGUUUUUAUAUACAAAGUACCUAAUACAUUUACUAAGUACAUUAAAAUAAAAAAAAUUACAAAGUAAUUUUUAGAUACAAACAUGUAAUAUAUUUCAUUGUAAAAGGGAAAAUAAAUAAUAAAUAUCCUAAUUACAGAGAAAUAUCUGUUGAAAUGUAGCUUUUUCAAGACAACACUUAAACUUUUUACAGUAAAGCUUAUAAAAAAAAAUUAAAAAGUGACAUUUUUUAUAUUGCCCAAAGAAGCAAAAUACUCAGAACCUAACCAACAAAAUUUGAAAUUUUAAUGAAGAUAACAGCUAGACAAAAUUUGAUGUUGAUUACAUUAUAUUUAAUACGAUAUAUAUUAAAUAUCAUACUUUUUUCUCUACCAUUUAUAUUACGCUAUAAUUAGAGUAUUUACAAAAUUACUUUUUUUUAAACACUAAAUAUGACAAAAAAAUCUAUAUGUGGAUUUUUAUUUAUAACAUUCAUAGAAAAAUUGUUUGAAUGUUCAUAUCUAAUUACCGAUUUGAAAAAUGUAUUCAUUUUUUUCUUAUUACACUUUUUAAAAUGACUAAUUUUAAUUAAAUAAAUAACUAAAAUUCAUAAAAUGUGAAGGCACUAUUGUUUUUUACACCAAACAAUAGGUAGGUUUGUAAUUUAUUGAAUUUGUCAAUGUUAGGUAAUAUUUGAAUAAAAAUAAUACAAAAAACAAUAGUUUAAUAUAUUUUUAAUUCUCAUAACACUUUCUAUUGUCACAAUUAAUAAUAGCAACAUAAAUAUACAGUUAUAGAGAAAAGUUAACUUUACCUUUUUUUGAACUUGACAAUAUAAUGGAAUAACUUUAAAUUUUGCAUGACAUAUUAUUAAGCCACUAUAAACACAAUCAAGGGAUAUUGAAGAAAAAAAGAUUUCUUUUCUUUUUAAGUAAAAUUUUGUACAAAAAAACAUUGUUUUUUAAUCUUAAAUUGUGGCAAUGAAAUUAAUGACACGUUUAGAAUGAACAUCAAAAACUUUCCAAAUGAAAAAAAAAUUGCUUACUUGACUAUUUUUCCAUAUUUUUCAAAUACCUUGUGCAAAUCAUUGUUAGUUAAAUUAAAUGGAAUGUUAGAUACAUAAACUGUGCUUUUACUAGGUGCUAAUUUAUUCAUGAUUGGAAUCCUUCAAACUGUUAAUAAGUGGAU